CUGCCGUGUAUAGUAGUGCAUGCGUUAUGGGAGAGUAUCCGAGCAAUAGCAGCAGCCAUCCCUGUCCUGAUUUGAAGGAGAACCGGCGUUGGAGCAUACGAAAAAUCGAUGAAGCUGCACAGUUAUCUACGACCCACUGGAAGUUCUUCCUCCCACCUUCGUCUCCGGUCCCUGUCACGGUCAAUUGCAGAUGAUGAACGAUUCCGGUCAUCCACCCUACCGCUGGAGUCGCGCUUCUGCAGUUCCAACACCACCUUCGUGCUGCCACCCACUAAAGAGGGACGUCGCAUUUUCUACUCCAUUGCUGAGUACACUCCACUGUUGGACUCAUCCGAUAUGACGAUGGACGACUGGGUCCGUAUUGCACGUGACAUUGAAACGUACUACGAUCAUUUCGAUGGAUUUAUCAUUCUACACGGCACCGACACACUGGCGUACACAGCGGCGGCGCUCAGCUUUAUGUUGGAGCAUUUGGGCAAACCGGUGAUUCUGACCGGAUCGCAGUUGCCAAUCUUUGAGUUCCGCAGUGAUGGCUGGAAUAACUUUCUCGGCGCCCUCCUCAUUGCCGGUGGUGGAUUUCCCAUACCCGAAGUGACUGUGUUCUUUCAUGAUCAGCUGUUUCGUGGUUCUCGGGUGGUUAAAUGUUCCAGCAAUGAGUUCCACGCAUUCGCUUCCCCAAACUAUCCGGCUUUGGCCAAAUUCGGUGCUGAAAUGACCUUUUUUCCCCAUCUGCUUUUCCGUCCGGUCUCGGUCCAACAACGUUUCAGCAUUCAAACAGAUUUGUGCCGUGACGUCACUGUGCUGAAUAUAUUCCCAUCGAUUGCGGCCGAACAUGUCGCGACCUUUCUGGCACCUCCUACUAAAGGUGCUGUCAUUCGAACCUACGGUGCUGGAAAUGUGCCAUCUAGCCGGAGGGAUUUGCUCCAAAUAUUCAAGUCGGCCAGCGAACGAGGUGUUCUCAUGAUCAACGUGACUCAGUGUUAUCGCGGUGGCGUCAAAGCAAUCUAUUCCACCGGCAUAAUUUUAUACGAAUAUGGCGUUAUCCCCGGCUAUGAUAUGACCACCGAAGCUGCUCUGACCAAGUUGGCGUAUGUGUUAGGAAAGACCGAAUUCGCGGACCCAGACACAAAGCGUGCCAUGCUGAUGCGAAGUCUGCGUGGUGAAGUCACUGUGGAAGGCGAGGAUGCGCAGACAGCGAAGUUAUUCAACACGCAGUUCACUGGUGUUCAUGGCGAACGAGGUCUUAUUCACUAUUUCGCUGAUCUAUUCUCUCAAGCCAACGUGGACGAUACGGAAGGGCGCGGUAUGAUGUGGGCUCGUCGGUUGGCUCCAGCGCUUGCAUGCGCUGCAGCUGCGUCGAACAAUGUGGCCACUUUGGAAGAACUGUGGGACGUUUUGGGACACUUACAGCUGUCAGAUUGUGACGGAUGUUCCACUCUGCACAAAGCUGCCGGCCACGGUCAUUUGGAGGCCACCAGAUUCUUGCUUGAGCGCAAGGUAUCCGUUCACACGAAGGACUCCGCGGGUUUGACGCCUCUGGACUACGCUGUCCGAGCACCAAAUGCAACUGUUGAAUUGGUGCAAUUAAUGCUUGACGCAGGGGCACGUUUAUCCUUGAUGGGUUUCCAACGUCCCAGGGCAGUGAAUUUGGCUGCAGCGGCCGGCGAUGUCAAUCAACUGCGGCUGUAUCGUUUGGCUGGAUGCAAUUUGGAGGAUCUUGACUUCGAAGGUCGGAACUCCUUACAUGUGGCCAUUGCGAAUCGACGUGAAGAUGCUGUUCGCUUUCUGACUGCCCCCAAACAACCGUGCACUGGUCUGUGCUCUGCAUUCAGAAAUUUAACGACAAGCGAAUCCGAUCCGCAUCAGAAAUCGGUCGGUAUGUGUGACUGCUACCUCGGCGGGGCCGGGAUCCAUCCAAACAUCCUCACUGGUUGGGGAACUACUGCGUUGGCCGAGGCAAAGAUGCGAGGAUACAGCGAGAUAGUGGAGCUUCUGCAGAACGCUGUUCUUGCCUCUUGAUCGCAUAUCGUCUCACUUCUCCCCACGUUCUACUUUACUCCUCAGCAUUUCAGCACUUUUCCAUGCUGCUAUUGUUUGCUAAAACUUUCCACGAGUCCUUCAAAUCUGUUUCUUUUUUACUUCUGACGGUUUUCUUGGGUCAGUUACAUUUAUUCCCUUGGUGAUGUGAUGAUAGCUUUAUUCUUUUUCAAAGUGCAAUAAGACGCACCGAAUUUGUUCUCUUUAUUCCGCGGUGGACAUCACAGAUGCAGGAGGGAGACGGUGCUCUCAUACCUCAGAUUUGUUCAUCCUGUCGUUACUACUAUUUUUUUAUACAUUCGCUUUUAAUAGCGCCGUCUUGUUGUCCCUCUUGUGCUGUCACCACUCCUCUAUUAACCCGUUGAAAUGCAACACACACGCGUUUGUCGGCCUAUGUGAAACUUGAAUUCUGCUCAGUUUUAUUCUGGUUUAAUAUUCAAUACGAAUGCGAUUUGGCUGUAACUA